AUGGCGCUACAACUGCUGGCAAUCUUUUGUAUGCUGAAUGUAGCUCAUACAGGUACAGACAAGUGGCUCUCGUCCGAAGUAGAGUAUCUCGCUUCACUCGGUUCCCGUCGCACUGGGUCUUGCGCUCAUAAUCGUCUCAUCGACCGGAUACAAGGGCAACUCGAAAUCCUCGGUCUGCAAGUCCAUACUGAUGUGUGGACUUUCGACUACGACGAGCAUGUUUCCUCUCUCAACCCAGGCAGGCUCUUCAUCAACGACCAGGAACUGCGAGUCUCAUCCACGGCGCCCUACUCUGGACACACCGAAGGCGUCACGGCCCCGCUAGUGGCCAUCUCGGGUUCUACCGGCGAGACGGAUUGGUCGCCCGCGAGAGAUGCCAUAGCUGUGGUCAACAUCACCAACGUACCAGUUGAUCUCAACAUCAUCGCCCCUAUCUGGCCUGGCUCGCCGCCGUGGAAUCAAGGGCCAAUCACCGCAGUGCCAAGCGUCAGCGCUAACCCGGUCGUCGCGAGGCUGUCAGGUGCUCAUCAGGUGGGUGUCAAAGCAGCCAUCUACCUCUGGGACGGCAUCACUGAUGAUCUGGCCACUGGUCUGUACGCGCCCUUCAACACUGACUGGCUCGGAACUCCUGCCAUCUUCGUGUCGGGCGUAUCGGCAGACGUCGUGCGAGCAGCUCUAGCGGUCAACGGCACAGCGACAGUCUCAUUGCCAGGAAAACUAGUGCCAAACACACCGACCCGCAACGUCUGGACCGUGAUACCAGGCAAAACCCAUCCAAACGAGUCGGUCCUGUUGACCACGCACACUGACGGCACCAACAUUGUCGAAGAGAACGGCCACAUCGCACUGCUGGCGUAUGCAAGAUACCUGGCCGAGCACCCACCGCGACGCACCACCGUCCUCGGCUUCAUCACGGGCCACAUCCGCUCGGCGCCUUUCACCGAAACGAAGCGUUCGACUAGCCGCUGGAUGGCAGAACAUCCUGAACUGUGGAACGGGACCUGCGGGAUGAAGGCUGUGUUUGCGUCGUGCGCGGAGCACCUGGGCGCGGUCGCCUUUGCAGAGGAUGUCGCCGCGGGCACGUACGAGUCGACCGGGAGGCCGGAGGAUGAGAUAUUGUACGCUUCGACUGCCGAGCUAACGGCGCUGCUGCGGAGGCAGUGGCGCGGUGCGGAUUUUAAAGUUACGAGAGUCGUUGAUCCAAACCAGGGACCGGUCGAGCAGUUUGGGGAGGGGCUGCCGUUCUUUUGGGCUGGCAUCCCUGAGGUGUCUCUUAUUACGAGUCCAAGCUGGUUGCUCAAUGAGUUCUCGCAUCUUGAUGACUUUGACGAAAGGCAGCUGAUUGAUUUGAAGUCUCUGGAGAGGCAGGUCGACAGCUUUGCGAUGUUCGCGGAGUGCAAUGAGGAGCUUAGACUGGGCAGGGUGGAUGCAGAGGGGCUGAUCUCGGAGAUAUCGGAUUUGGACUGA